AUAAGGUACUGAGAGCCAAUUAGAGCCGUGAGAGUCUUCAGGUUGCAGGACUGCAGCUUCAGCGUUUUGACUGAUUUCCCGAACGAUUUAUUAAUCAUCAUAUUAUCGCCAAUGACUAUGAUUGGUCAAAACGAAUCACUGUGCGGAUUUAUUCUAUAACCACGGCACCUCCGUUUUUACGACCUAUAUUCAAUUUGUGCACCGCAUUCUGAGUAACGACGGCGAAUUUUACUUGGAUGAGUCAGAAGUUUUCCCGUUCAGCGUCUCUUCCGCGUCACACCACUUUUUUGGUUUGUGUUUGUUUUGGAUUGAUUUAUUCUGCUUUUGACGUGGAUCCAUCAUGAACAUGAAAGUGUGCUUGGUGGUCGAGGCUGCGGUGGCUCUUUAUCUUCUGUUUGCACCUGCACAGAGUCUCCCCGCAUUGAGCGUAAACAGCACAACAAACGCACCCACGGUGUUGCUGUUCCAAGACGUGUGGGCUCGGAGCCUGUGCCGAACCAUUGAGAAGCUGGUGGAGGUGGUGCAGGAGUACCCAUCAGAGGUGGAGCACAUCUACAGUCCUGCUUGUGUGCCUCUGGUGAGGUGUGCAGGCUGCUGCGGGGAUGAGAAGCUCGAGUGCCAUCCCACCCUCACCACUAAUGUUACAAUGCAGCUGCUGAAAAUAAGGCCGGCAGAGCUUGGCGAGGAAUAUGUUGAGAUGACCUUUGUGGAGCAUCAGACAUGUGAAUGUAGAGUCAGAAAACCUGUUGGGAAGGUCGAAAGGAAAAGGCAAAGAGGAAAAGGACGGAGGAGAAAGGAGAAGCAAAAAACAAAAGACUGUGACAGGUGCCAAAUCCCUCGAAGGUAACUGCAGCAGCCAGCCAAAGCCCUGCUGCAGUGUUGCUCGCUUUCCAGCCCACUGACGGCAUCAAGCGUCUCUUUUCGCUCUUCUUUCAAUGCUGAGUGUGCAGCAGGAGACUCCAAACAGUUGGGGCUGUUGUGAAGGCAUACCCAUUUGGUGAUGAGCACAGUGUUUGUGAUGACAAAGUUCAACAGAAAAUGUGCUUGCAUUGCUGGAAAGCAUGCUGUUACACACGGUUGACACAAAGGACACACACCUGGGAGCCAAGUGCAAUGUUGGAACAAACAGAAUGAUUACACUUGUUAUCACUGUAUCAGGUAUGAUAAAUGUUACAUUUCUUUGGUAUUUAAAAAUUGUUACUUGUGUGUUUAAUAUCUAUAUUUAUUGACUGAAAUACCAGAAUAAAAAUGGACCAAAAAUA